CUCAGGCGCUCCCUUCCUCACACGUAUGCAUCCACUGCGGCCUACAUCACACGCCGGCAUGGGCAUAAGGAGAGAUGCACACGGGGAACACUAGACUUGGCGUUUGAGACUAUGAUGCCGCCUAAUGCCCAGCCAGGGGGACCGGUCGUCGUACUACAUGGUUUAUUCGGCUCCAAACAGAACUGGCGAUCAUUAAUGAAGCUACUCGGCCAUUCGCUCAAACGGCGCGUCUAUACCGUCGACCUGCGAAACCACGGUGUCUCUCCCCAAAGCCCUCGCAUGGACUACGAGAUCAUGGCUGCUGAUGUGGUGCAGUUCUUCAUCGAACAUAGGCUGAAGAACGACAUUACCCUUAUUGGACAUUCGAUGGGUGGAAAAGUCGCCAUGGCCACUGCGCUCUCCCCUCUCCUCGAGAAGAACCUUCCCAAGGCUCUCUCAACCCUCAUCAUAGUCGACAUCGCCCCCGGCAUCGGCAAGAUCUCCGACGAGUUCGCCAGCUACGUAGAUGCGAUGCAAGACGUGCAAGACGCCGAUGUGAAGACCAAGCGCGAGGCAGACGUCGUACUCGAGAAGUGGGAAAAGGACAUCUCAAUCCGCCAAUUCCUCCUCACCAACCUCGUAGCGGACAAACACGGGUCCCACUUCCGCAUCCCCCUCUCUCACCUGCGCGCCAACCUCGACCAAAUUGGCAAGUUCCCUUACCCGCCCGACGGCACCCAUACCUGGGAGGGGAGGACGCUGUUCGUCAAAGGCGAAAGGAGCAAGUACAUCAACCGACGGAAUCUGGGGCUGUGUUUCGACUAUUUCCCGAAUGCGAGGUUGGAGACUAUGGACACUGGACACUGGGUGCAUGCGGAGAGACCGCAGGAAUUUGUAGAUCUGGUGACGAGGUUCGUUCAUGGAGAAGACCCAAGCUGGAUGAGCGAACAAGAGGCAGAGGAGGCACUUGCUACGGAGGGCCGAAAAGACGUGUCAGCGGUGGACACAACCACAGAACCACCACAACAGCCUGCGGCCCAGUCGGAAGCUGCUGUCAACGAGGCGCCGGAGUCUGCUGAGGGCCCGGAGCAGCGGGCGACGGGCGCUUAGAUACUUAGACAUCUAGAGUGCAGCCAAUCUAGUCCAAUUUAAAUAAUUGACGU